GGUUCCAUUCCUGUGAGGCUGUGGCUUGUUCGAAUCACCCAAAAAAAUUCACCCACCCAAGUCAACAAAAUCAUCAAAUUCCUCUCAUCUUCCUCUCUCAAGUUUUUCAUUUCUUUUUUCUUCGCCAAACAACCAUCUUCUGAAAGAAUUUUCUUCUGCCCAUCUAAAUAUAUUCACAAAUGAAGCAGCACAAAGAAGAAAGCUAGAAGAAUCCAAGAGGGUUUAUCAUUUGAGUUCUUGGUGGGUCCUUACUGACCCCAUCGCCCCCCUUUUGUCAUUACUGUUUGAGAGUAUUAAAAAAGGAUAAGCACUCAAAAAACUACUUCAAAUCAUUUUGCUUUUGGCAGUCCCCUGUCCAAGAGCAACAAGACACAACUCCUUAGAGGGCUUUGGCUAAAGCACUUCUGUAAAAAAAAAAGUUCUAAGUUUUGAGUUUUGUUUCAUAUAAAGUUCACCUUGUUGUGACUUUUCUUUCGUUUCUCAUCAUUCAAUCAUACAUCCUCUAUUUAUUCAUAGUUCUUCUGGAGAAAAAGGAAAAAAAAUGGACCUCCAUGAAUGGGAAAUUCUAUCAGACGAUGGGUUGCAUGAUUACAAAGAUGAUCAAAAGAAGAUUGUUUCCUCUAAGAGACGUUCAGGUUCUGAUGCUAAGAUUGUGUUUGAUAUGAACUACUUCCUUUGUCCAUCAAUGGAUUCUUCUUCCAAGCAGCACAUCAGCCAACCGUCUCCUUCAAGAUUGGUUAAACAGCCGAUUCCUGUUCAUCUUCAAUUGGAUUCACCAAUUAUCAGAAUCCCAGAUGAUGAUUCACUAGCACUGAAGGAAAAAGAAAAAGAAAAGGAGUCCAUCGUGAUCGGUGUUGUGCCAUCAGCCAUGAGUGAAAAGGAUCAGAAAGGAGCUGGGGAAGCAGAUCAAGAUACUGUUACUCAAGUUUUCUUCAAGAAAAUGAAGGAAAAUGAAUUCGUCGACAUGAAAAUAGACUCACCCAGAUCCAGUAACAAAGGAACAAAGCCUCAAAUUGAUGUUGGGCAUUAUCAGUUUGAUGAUGGGGGUGAAUCAAAAGAGAACAUUACAAACUCCCCUAGAAUGAACUUGAUGAGCCAGAAAAGCAACAAAGAGAUUGAUGCAAACAAAGAUGAGAUGAAUUGGGAUGGAUCCGUGGGUGGGUUAAACAUAUUAAAGUGGAGUUUAAAUGGGAUUGGAGCCAUUUGCUCCUUCGGUGUUGCAGCUGCCACUAUUUGUAUUCUGUUUCAUGGAGGCAACCAACACAAGCUGAGAAUCCAGAUCUAUACCCAUGAUAAGAAAUUAAAGCAAGCAGUUCAGCAAGCCACUAGAUUAAAUGAAGCUAUCUCAGCAGCAAGAGGACUUCCACAGACAAGAGCUCAUAUAACCUGUGGUGGACACUAUGAUGGGAUCUAAGGAAGCUAAGAGUUCGCGCUGCCUUGAAGACGAACUCUAACACUAGAGGAUGAAUUGAGGUGGAUAUGCCAAAGCCCAGUUCUAUUUUUCUAUGCAAAGUUUACCAUCUCUGUACAUAGAGAUUAUAGCUUUAAGAACAAAAAUAGGUUCAGGAGUCCAACCUGGUUUCAUACUGGACGGAUUCCUAGUCUAAGCCAAUACCCAGUGUUGUUCAACUAUGAAUUUCAAAGGUUUGUAUGAUUUUAUUGUGUCAUCCAUAAUGGUCAGUGUGGAGAAGUAUAAUAUUUUACACAAUAUAUAUUUGAAAUGAAAGAGAUUAUUUUAGAAAAA